AAGAGGUAUUUAAGAGAGGGGACCGCAUCCGCGGCGACACUUAACGCGUCACCUGUUUCUGUGCUCGACGGGCCUGGAGUGACACCAACAUGAACACGCUUUGGGUACUUGCUACCAUCCUGGCAGUGGCAUCUGCGGAUGUAAGUCUUGGUUACCAUUAUAAAGUACCAGAAACAUCUUACGGUGUUCCAUCAUACCAAUUCGGUGAAAGCGCUGGUCAUUCUUCUGCAUUGAGUGGAAGUAUUGGCUCCUCCUCUAGUUUUGACUACAAAUCUCAAGGAUCUUCACUCGGUCACCAUGGAUCCUCUAACAUUUUGAGUCAAUCCGGGCUUAGUAGUUCUGGACUUCACCAUGGCGGUAUUUCUGGGUUGAACAGUGGAUUAAGUAGCGGCGUGCACUACCCUUCCUUCAGCGCAAGCAGUGGCUCCAGCAGCUCAUACUAUCCGCAUUCCUCUGGUAGCAGUUCCAGCGGACAAUACUUCCCGUCCAGCUUCGGCAGCGGUUCAAGCAUCGGCAGCACAGUGCGACCAUUGGUACAUUCCGGAGAUGUCUCACACAGUGCACCUAGUUACAGCCAAUAUCAGAACAAUUACCAGAAUGCUGCAGCAUACAAAUACCAACAAUUCUAUGUGCAACAACAACCUGCUCAAGUUUACAAGCACUUCUACGUUCACUCUGCUCCUGAAGAACCUGAGGAAGCUAAACCUCGCCAACCUAUUGUCCUUCCGCCGCCCCAAAAGCAUUACAAAAUUAUAUUUGUUAAAACACCAACCCAGCAAGCACAGGCUCCACAAGUUGUCGCUGUUCCUCAACAAAACGAGGAAAAAACUAUUGUCUAUGUGCUUUCCAAAAAACAAGAACAACAACCAGCGGAAGUUAUCCUACCAAAAAUAGAACAGAAACCGCCUUCCAAACCUGAAGUAUAUUUCAUUAAGUACAAGAAUAAGGAAGAUCAAUCAGUUAUCAGUGACAUUGUAAACGACUAUAAUAAAGGACAAUCCCAGGUUUCUUUCUCUGGUAUUGGCGAUGAAGGUCAUGCUGACCACGAUUCUAGUUCACAAAGCUCAUUCGGCGUGGGAUCGAACGGUUAUUUCGGUUCUGGUUCGCAGGGCGCUGUUGGUUCCGGAUCGCACAGUAUUUUCGGCAGUAGCUCUCACUCAGCUCCCUCCGUUUCGCACGGACAUUACUCCCAACAGCACUCUGUUACUCCAGUAGAGCUUUCAGUACCCGUUAGUGGAUUCGGAUCCAACUCCUUUGACGUCAGUCACAGCUCUUCGGGAGCACAAUCAUUUAGCCUCGGAUCCACAGAAUCUAGCAAUCUCUCCGACGUAUCUUCAGUACCUUUAGUGGGUGUACCAGAGAGCAGCACUUCCGCUAGUGCCAUCGCAUCCAGUGGCCACGUUAGUUCUACCGCUUCGAGCGUAUCAUAUGACGAUUCCAACCUUAUUUCUACUAGUCAAGGUGUUCCACACGAAACUUACGGACCUCCAAAAUUCAGAAUUAAUAACUAGGUUAAAUGUUUAACAUUUUUAUUAAUAUACCUUCAUUGUAAUAGAUGUGAAUAAAUUGAAUUAAAUGUA